AUGGAAUUUUACGUUUGCACCAAUGUGGUUGGCUUCCUGAUCAGUGUCGCCACUGGAUCCCAUCUUCACUUGGAUCUGAUUGGAACUGGUGCCUUUGCGCUAGCUACAAUCCCAACGUUUCUGCAAGACAAUGUGGCUCUCCAUUCCCAGUGGUCGUCUUGGGCAGUGGCUGUCUGGGGGACCAAGUUGGCAGGUUUUCUCUUUUUCCGAGCGACUCAAACUGGACACGACAAACGUCUGGAAGAGGUGCUGUUGACAACUACAGGGACAUUUCAGUUUUGGCUGGUUACAUUUGUAUGGAAUGCAUUUUGCUCCUUGCCCUAUCUACUGGGACUCUGUAAUACUGGUGGUGGAGUCGGUGGUGCCGAUGGAAUGGUCCUCAAGGCAGGAGGUGCUGUUUAUGCCCUAGGCUUGGGUAUCGAAACCAUUGCCGAUCUACAAAAGUACUUCUUCAAGCGUGCCAAUCCAGGAAAGUUUUGCAAUGCGGGCCUCUGGGGCAUAAGCCAACAUCCAAAUUAUCUGGGCAAUCUGAUUCUGUGGUUUGGAAUUUUGGUCAUGAAUGCGCCGUGGCUGAUCGAAUCAUCGAUGUCUGCAACUCCGCUCUUUACAGGUGCGCCUACAACCGACGGGGCUGGCAUUAUUGGUCUACUGGUGGGAGGCUUGAAAUCGAGUGUGAAUUGGCUGUGGAGAUGUCGGCGAUUGAUCGUCGCAUUGGUCUCUCCCUUGUUCAUGUGGCAGCUCUUCAACUCGCAAGCGUCAGGUACUAUGAUGAAUACUGUGGAGUUGGCCAAAUCCAAAUACGGGAAUGAUCCAGCCUACAAAGACUACAUUGAAAAUGUUCCAUUGAUUUUCCCCAAGUUUUGA